AUGGCGAAAACCAGUCGGCAUCGGAUAGUUAUAUUUCCUUUCUGGGUCUUUAACACGGCUUUGAUGUUUAUGAUGAUGGUGGGGCUGCUUGUAGCAAUGGCUUUGGUACCGGAGAGUAUCUCUGGAGUAAGACAUGCUAACUUAUACGUGAUUGGCGCAAUAAUGACAGCUGAAGUGGCCGCUUUUGUUUGUUUUCAGCAUUUUAUGUUUUUUUCACGUGUGAAGGAAUUGUCGAGAAUUCUCAUGGAGGAUCCAGUCAUUACGGUAGGUGAUUUAUUGUUUAUGGAGUAUAUUCGGUCUAUUCCUGCGAUGGGCAUCGAGGAGGUUGUUUCCCUGAAGACUGCCAUUGAGCAAAUGUUCUUUGCGUUAUCCAAUCUUUGGCGUGAUCAAGGAUUAUUGUCGGUUUUGAAAAGUAAUGGCAGCUCUGCGGCUGCAGGAGGAGACAAGAAUGCGUUCAUGUGUCUUGCGACCUGCACCGCUGCCUUCAAAGCUGCCACCGCAGAAGGCGGUUCCUACGACGAGUACGUGGAGCCGAAUCUCAGUAGCUUUUCAGUGGAGGAUUAUCUUCUUAGCCGACAGUAUCACUACAAACAGAGGCUGCGGCCCACAAGACAGUCACCGUGCGAUGUAGUCGUGCGGGCUUCGCCUUUAAAGCGAGGUCUGUUCCACAAUUUUUCCCGUUGUGAUAGCACGGUGGCAUCUCCAACUAUCGAGGCGGAUUUCUGCACGGUCUGUUCAUCAUUGGGGGAUGAGGUGGAGGCCAUAGCGAUUGAACAAAGUUCUUCAACGCGGCAUUUAAGCUACCAGAGUUCCCUUCCCGAGCCAUUGUCAAUUAGUGAGGAGGAGAGCAUGCUGCCAAAGGAUGAGGACAACAUGCACACUUAUUGCGGUGCUUCCAAUCGACAGUUUGUACCGGCACUUUCCGCUGAGGAUCGUGCCCUUUGCGAUCCCCUGGAUGACAACAGCAACAACUCGUUUGAGGUGUUGACAAGAUAUUUGCAUCUUGAGGGGGCUAUUAUUUUCCAAGUUUUGAAAACCAUCAGGGUUGGGCGUUCGCUCAGUUCUGUCACAUUGCCGGUGCAUAUCCUUGAGAGUCGCUCGCUUUUGGAAAUGAUUUCCGACAUGUUUCUUGCGUGGGAUAUUUUAAUGCCACUGGCGUUAGGGGAGGUACAUCAUCCCGUGGACCGUAUGCGGAUACUGCUGCGGUGGUUUUUCUCCGCUUAUAAUUGGCGACCAAAAGGGGCGGCAAAGAAACCGUAUAAUCCAAUCCUUGGUGAGGUGUUUCGCUGCAAGUGCCCUGCACCACUGCCAGUGAGUUCACCAGCGUCGUUAUUAUCAUUCCCGCCUUCACGAGAGCGCUUCUCACAGGCGCACGACACCUGUCCAGAGAUGAAUCCUAAACGUAGUAUCGACUGCAUGCAUUUUCUCGCGGAGCAGGUCUGUCAUCGACCUCCUGUAAGUGCUUUUUACGCCGAAUUGCCCGACUUGAUUGUUGCCGAAGGCGUCUUUGUCCCUCAUAGCAAACUCGUUUCUUUGAACUGUGUGGCAAGCCUCAGCUGUUCCUCUGUACUGGUGCGAUUUCCAAAGACGGGGUGGUCUUUCCGCUUUUCACUGCCCCACGCGUAUGCCUCUGGCGUCGUUGCGGGCACCCCACGGCUUGAGCUUGGUGGUGUUGUUCGCCUGGAGGACUGCCAAUCCCUCGCGCAUGUCAUGGUAGAUUUCCGUCGAAAAGGUUUUUUUAGUGGAAAACAUGACGAAGUUGUUGCGAAGAUCAGCACAGAGGACGGUAAAGAAAUUGCAGAAGAGUACGUGGGACUUUGGAAUGGUCCCAUUUACUCCCGAGGCACAGGAAAGGGAGUCGAUGUGGGUAAAAAACGGCAAAAUCAUCACCUACGACCACAAGAGGGAGAUGGGAAAGAGUUGUUGUUUGAUGCAGAGAUAUUUCAACAGCAGCGUGGCAUGCCUUGUUGCCGACCGUAUGCGUAUCCACUGCAUGCCGGCAACGAUGAUCAUCCGUACCCAAAGCAGAGUCGGGCGGUGUGGAAAGAAUUAACGGCAGCUAUUCGUCAAGGAGACGUGGAGGCAGCAUCCAAUGCCAAGAAAAUUGUUGAAGAGGCUCAGCGUGCAGAACGACGUCAAUUAGAAGCAGAAGGUCGGGUUUAUACCCCAAAGUUUUUUGAGUUUAUUGGUGCAGGAAAGCUUUCAGAUGGAAAUGAGGAGACGUUAUCGAGACAAGAGAAUUGGCGUUUCACUGCACGGGAUAUGUUGCUGAAUUGA